AUGGACCAGCCGUUAUUUAAAGUCGAAUUCAUUGCUGAUGAAGACGAUUCCAGCACUUUGGAAGCAAUUGCACCGAGUUCCGGCAAAGAUGACGUUGACUACUUGUUCCCUGCAGCAGCAACAACAACAGAUCCAACGGAAUCCAAUCCUGAAGUUCAAUUGACACAGUCACAAACGGAAUGCAUAAAACGUAUUCGGAAUUAUCUAUUCGCAUUGACGAAAUCUGUUCCAUGGACGACUUUCACCGAGGAGAUAGACAAUCUGUUGAAGAAUACGAUUCAACCAUCGAUUAUCGUACAGAAUACCGAACUCGUGGAAAUAAUCGCACAACGAUUAGAAUAUAAACAAAAACUUGAAGCAAAGGUAACAGAGAAAACGAAACAAGAUAAUUCAUCUGAUUUAUCGAUAUUUGAGCAACAUUUUACCGAAGAUGCGGAAUCGAGUGACGAUCUCGAAUUACAAAAAGAGAAAUUUCACUCGAAACAGUUAUCUUACUUUGCUAUUCAAUCAUUAAUAUCCAUUCUAUUAAUCCUUAUCAAAUCUGCCGAAAAGAAUGAUCCAUUCAUAAUUCAGCAAAUUCUCACAUUGGCAGGACAAUUAUGUGAACAACUUCCAAUGAAAAGUUUAUUAUCAGAACACGCACUCUUAUAUAAAUCACUAGCACCAUUGAUACGUUACACUCAAGAAUUAUCGUCAUCAGCAGAUAAAGCUGUAUCAAAGCAGGCAAUGAAGAUUUUGCUGAGUUUUUCUGUUGCCAAAGGAUCUUUCGAAGAUCUUUUGUUAUUAUUGAAACAGUUAAUCUUCAAUACCAAUGAGGUUUUCAAUGUUCGAGGUUUAAUCAAACAAUUGAACAACAAUCUAAUUGAAAUUAUGAAAGAGUCAUCAGAAGAAAGAGAAUUUCCUUCAUUGGACUAUUUAAAAACAAUUCAUUCUUAUCCUAAUGAGCAGUUACUUCAAAUCAAUGACAAUCAAUUUACAGGUCCCUUUCUCUCUUCGAUUAUUCUUUCACAUCUAGAUAUUGAGAACACUAUCCACUCGCCUGUCGAACAAUGUCACUUAUCAUCUAUUUCUUGUGAAUUUCAUAGAAAAACUUUUCAGGAUUUGUUUCAUAUUAUCGAAGGUCUAGCAGAAUUGAUACGUCCCGAAUUGAAUCAAAUUCUGACUGUUUGUUUACGCUUGUUUACAAUGCAUUUACAGAUACUUGUUGAUCACUCGAAUGAUCGAUCAACGUAUAUUUCGGAAACGGAUUUGAAAGUGUGGUUUGAUCUAUUAUUCAAAUUAUCGUCCAAUGAACAGAUCUCCAUUAGUAAAGAAGCAUCGAAAGCAUUGAUUCAUGUUAUCAAUCUGCAGACAACAUCAUUUAUCGACAAAUUAUCAUUGUUUCAACAGUAUAUUAGUGAAAAUAAGCAUCGGAGUUUAAUCGAACAAUUGGUUAUUGAAUUGAAUAAGACCGAAAUCUUAGCAAAUUGGAUUGAAAGUUUAUGCGACGAAACGGCAAAAUCAACAGCACUGAAUAUUCUCUAUUGGUUUAUUGAUCGAUACUUCAACGACAAAGAAAACUCGAAUACGGAAGCGUUAUUGAUAUCAUUUCAAAAGAUUUUAUUCUACCGGUUAAUCGAUUCUUGUGAAAAAAAACUUGCAACGAACGAACUAAGUCGUUUAUUUACAGAUUAUUUAACUUACAUAUUUAAAAAGUAUCUUGAACAAAAUUCAUCUGAGAAUGAACUCUUCUCAAUGAUUCUAAAUAACUUAGCAUUGAUGAGCAAUUCGAAUGAGAUGUUCAAUUACGAAUGUAACCAACCGAUUUUCAUCUCAAUUCUGCCUUUACUGGCUGAGUAUUGUCUUCAUCAUCUUGAUAACAAUUUUCUCGCUUAUUUACUCGGAAAACUAACGUAUGUGCUGAUCAUCGGCUCACCUCAAGAUUCUCUCGAAUCCAAACAUUUCAACAAACUGAAACUACCUCUAUUCUCAGGCGGAUGUGUAACAAAUGAAAACGAUGAUUUACUAACAACAACAUUAGCGAAUUAUAGUGAUUUUAAAGUAGAUAAUUCAUCUAUUAAGGAUGAAGAAGAAUUUCUUAUGUCAAUUUACAACAAUACUAAUGAUGGUGCACGACUAAUAACAAAGUUGAAAGCAUCUCUUCGAAAUAAACCACAUAUGUUACAGAAAUCAAUUGAACAACAAGCUAACGAAGCUUGCGCAGCUAUUUUUGCUGUUUAUGUGAAAUUAUAUCAACGCAUCAAUUUAGCCAAAUCAGAAUUAGUACGAAAUGAUCAGAAUAAACCUCAUUCAAAGUUAAUCUCGAUCUUCGAAUAUGCCAAUCGUAUUUCCGCUGUGUUUUCGACAAUUAAAGGUCAAGGUGGUGAUUGUGUAGAGUUGCACAAACAAAUCAAGAUGAGAGCAUUAUUUCUUUUAUCAUCGGUGAAGGCAAGUGAUCUGAUCAGUCCGGUGAAAGAAGAGUUAACUUCAACGAAAAUGAUUGAUUAUACAAUCAAACCCGCGUUUCAUCGACAAUAUUCGCGGUGGACGAAAGCGCGACAUGUGUUGAAGAUUCUUCGUAAUCUAUUUCAGGCUUGUCUUCGUUUCAAACGAUUUAUGUUAGAGAAAAAACACAUCAUGGAAGAAAAAUAUGAUCAUGAAAGUUUGUUAAAUCGCACUAUCGAUCAUUUUGUUUACGGAGAUUUCUAUAAAACCUCCACGUCGAUGACGAUCGAAGAAAAACAAGGGGAAAUUGACGAAUUAAAGCAAUGUCUCGAACGGCAACAUCAACGGGCAAUGCAGCGGUUAAUCACCUAUCGUUUUAGUAGAACGUUUAUUCAAAAAAUUCUCAAUUUAAGCGAUGACAAAGCAGCGUUGAAAGUUCUCUCAGUAUAUUUACCUUUCAUGCGAAACAACGACUUCGAUUGGUCGUAUUUCGAUCUUAUUCCUGCCUCGAACAAUCAACUACGAGAUGAUAUUAGUAAUGUAUACUAUUCAAUUGUAAAACUUGUUCUACCAUCGAUGAUCAAAUCGAAUCAUUUUGCACAAAAUGUCUUUUAUUUGAUGAAUGUAUCAUAUGAACUGAUUGAUAUUUCUCAUUUGUAUGCGUUUCGAAUUAUUGAAAACUUAUUUAAUUCGUUUGUUAGUUUGAGAGCUGAUGAUACAUCGACGAUUAAGGUUGAACUGCGAUUGAGCGCAUUCAAUUGGUUUCGUUUAUUGGUUUUGAGAUUGUGUGAAACAAUUGAAAUGGAAAAACUACGUGAUCCAGCAAGUCAAACAUUUCAACAACAAGCAAAGUUUGUUUUCAAUACACUGAUUUUCAAUAAUUUGAAAACGUUAAAAACAAGUAUGAUUUCAACGGAAAGUUCAACGAAUUCUUUGGAAAAUGUCGAUAUCAAAUGGUUUCUUCAUAUGAAGGAGAAUAAUGAAUCCAAAACGAUUCUUUUCAUCAAUCAAUAUAUCGCUCUUCUUCUUCGAUGUGUUUAUUUUUAUAAACAUAUUCUAUCGAUUUGCACAACUAGCGAAUAUCUACAAGAAUUACUUGACAUUUAUCAAUGCAACCAAUCGAACGUAACGCGCCUGUUGACAAUCAAACUUUUACGUCAUUUAAUUCCGGCGAUAGCCGACCACGCUGAUGGAAUUCCAAGAGCUAUAAUACAAAAAUUUCUAAUCGAUGUAUUAGAUGCCAUUGGCGAUGAAACUUCCGUGUCUGAAGAUAUUCUUGCAGAGUUGAUUUCCAUGUACCGCACGAUUAUGACGGUGGAAUCAGCAUGGAAAGCAAUGGCAGUUGAACUCGUAUGUAAUUCGAUUCGGUCGAAUUUGAAUGCGGACUCCAUUGAGAGGAAUAAUUCCGGUGAAAUGAAAAGUCUUCGUGCAGCGCUAAAUGUUCUCGGUGGUUAUAUCGAACCUUAUCGAUUAGGUUCGAUUGUAAAUGGAGAAAAGAAUAAGAAAUUAAAUGACGAUUCACCACUAGCGUUGAUUAUUGAAAUAAACCAAACGGAAAUGCCAUAUGUGAUUCAAUAUUCGCAGACCAAUCAAACUGAGUCCGUAUCAAUCGAUAAAUUACAACUGAAAGUCGAUGUUCCACCACCCAGUUUACCUGAUCAAUUCGAAUCACUCCUAGAUCUGUUCGAAGAGUUCAUACAAAUCGAUACUAAAGAAUCUUUAAUGUUUGUACAAUUGAAGCGUUUGGCCAUAUCUGUUUUGUACUAUCUAUUGAAUAAUACUAAGGUUAUUGAAAUCUUCAUGCAAAAGCCAUGUGCGUCUCUCCUGGCAAAACUUUGCGUAAACUCACCAAUGGAAGGGGACAACCAACAACCAAAAGAUCUACGUGUAUUUGAUAAGCAACACCUAGAACAAUACUAUCUAAGUUUGAAUCACUGUGAAUCAAAAGGGGAAAUCACUCAAGAUAAUGAAGAGCAAGAGAUCGUACAAGAUUCUAUCAUCGUCACUGAUCAAGAUGAUUCAGCAUAUACAAUUUGGAACAGAACCGCAUUUAAAAGUAACCCAUCGAUCGUUGAUGCUUUAACUACUCAUCAAGGCUGGAAACCGUGCAUUUCGGAAGGAGAAUUGCAGUAUUAUAAGCGCGGACGGACAGGUGAUAAUGUAUUUUCGAUUGCACCGAGGCCACGCAAUAUUGCAAGUAAUGAUGUAAUGCAGGAAUGUGGAGUUAAACAUCGCUUUCGUGGACGAAUCGCACCGAAUUAUGAGAACACCACAGUUAGUUUCCCGACAUUUGUUCUUGAGAAUAUAGCUGUGAGCGAAGGAAAUUGGUAUUUUUGUGUUCGUUUACCAGUCGGUGGUGUUCUUCAAAUUGGUUGGGCGACCACCGAGUUCUGCCCGUCGGGCAGUACGGGUGUUGGUGAUGAUAAAUAUUCUUGGUCAUACGAUGGAUCUCGUGCUGUAUUUUUCAAUGACCAAGGUUUUUAUUCUCAAUUCAAUGACAUUCGUUGGAAUGAAAAUGAUGUUUGUGGUUGCGGAAUUGAAAUCAAUGGAAAGAAUACGAAAAUUAAAUAUUGGCUGAAUGGUAAACUCUUAGGCACAGCUUUCGAACAUGAUAAAUACAUUCCUCUAUCAACGACGAAAUGUAAUCUCUUACCACAUGGCCUCAUUACCACUUAUUAUCCUUCAAUUACAAUCCAAUGGGGUUCGGAUCCAUUAAGAUCUUGUGAAGUCAUAGUAAGUCCAGAGGAUAUGCAAGAUUGCCCACUACCUCAUGGUUACAAGCCAUUGAUGUUGCCUGACACUGUUCCGGUUAAUAAUGUUCUAGUUGAUUAUCCAUUUCAUGCAUAUCUUGUUAGCAAUGCUCAACAAGAUUUCGUUCUCGAAUCAAGAACGAAAUCUACGGGAAAUCUUCUACGUGAUUUUAUCCACGAACACAAUCUUCAAACCACGUUUAUUCUCGAGCAAGAUCGUUUAGUCUUACCAGAAGAUAGUCCUGGAUUUCUCUUAUCAGUAAACAAUGAGGAAAUAACAACGCUGACUAUCAGUUUUGAUUUCGAAGUUUUGAAUGAUUCCCAUGACAUUCAAUUGAUCACAUUUGAUUCAACCGACAUUAUUUGGCAGAAACCAAAUGAAUUAGCUCACUGUGUAAUCAUAUUCUUAGCCAAAAGGCGACAAUUAAAAGUUUAUGUGAACAACCAAUGUCAGAUAUUUUCUGAUACGAUUUCUAAUGAAACAAUCAAAAUCUUAAAUAUGUACAUCCUACCUGGUACAGCAGCGAGAAUGAAUAAUUUAGCUGUAUGGAAGCAUGCUCUUUCUGAAGAACAAAUUCGUCGAUUGUUUACCUACGGCCUUUUCUAUGUGGGAAAUGAUUAUCAACGAAUAAAAGACUAUCGAAAACAAGUCAAUACCAUUACGUUUUUCGAAGGCCAAGCAUCGUUUGUCGAUGGAACUCUUCUUCCUUUUAAUGCACCCUUCAGCGAGAGUACCUGGGAACAAAAGAAAAAAGAAGCAGAACCUGACGAAGCAAAAUAUUUCAAAUCGUAUCAGGGUUAUUCGACCGUCGAAUUGCAUGGUCAUAAUACAUAUCUUAUUCUCGACAAAUCUGACGACGAAUGGACUAGUUAUACGUUAGUAUUUGACCUAUGCAUUCCACAAUACCCGCCAUUAGGUGAAAAAUUAGUAAUUGUCACUCUAAAUUCGCGAUCGAUGAUUUUCAUCGCCUCGAAUGGAAAACUUUGUUUGAAAAGUGAAGACCAGAAAGAUGAAAGUACCAAUCCGAUUGUGCUCAAUGAAUAUUUUCGUUUAUUUAUUACUGUUCAGCCAGGCUCUAUAGAGAUGUACUUCAACAAUGAUUUAAACUUCACUACAAAGAUCGAUGAUGAUCGCUAUGAUAUCAAAUCGAAUUAUCUUGAAUUCUUUCGUCAAACCGAUGAAACAAAUAGCAUAACCGAUGAAAAUACUCUUCGUGUAGCAUUAAAAUCUCUUACGUAUCUUAAUCGAGCAAUAACACUCGAUCAAUACCGAUCACCCACUCUUCUCCUACCUCCUACUUCGAUCAUUGGACCCAGUCUUCUAGCAAUGGGAUAUAAAAACUCAUGGAUCGAGACAACGAUUGACCAAUACAAACCAUCCGAUCUCAGUGUCAUCCAUACGAUUUUACGCGAACAAAAGUCGCAAUUUAUCAAAGCAGAUCUGGAGCAUGAUCGAAAGCGCUACGAAAAUCUUCUAACUAAGAUCGAUCCAUCAAUCGAUUCACAAUUAUUGACUGAUUUAUUGAAUCAGCCGACGCACAACAUAGCUGAACGUCUGUUCGCAUAUUGGAAAUCAAAUCCAUCGCUCAAAUUCAGUAAAGAUACCAUGGAAUUCGAGGGAAAACUUGAUCCAAAUUGGUUUAGACAAGCAAUCCAAGAUUUCGACAUGAAUCCGACGAUCUACGAGUGGAUUCAAGAGAAGUCCUCUACGGGCAGCAAUAACGAUGAUAUUUAUCAAUUAUUCGAUGUAGAUGAAUUAUCGAAAAAAAAGCAAACUUCAAUCACACCACCAUCAGUGCGGUAUUCACAUGAAAAUAUAUCAUUAAAACAAUUCCAGCAAGCUCGUUUAGCUUGUGAAUACGGUUUAACCACGAUCUACGCACGUUACACUAUUCUUAACAUGCUCGAAGUUUGGUCAUUAGACGAAACAGCUCGAUUUCCUCUGGAAAAAUUUGGCGACUAUAAAUUUUUAAUUUUUCUCUUAAAAAUCUUGGAUUCAACCAAACUCGAAAGAAAUGAAGACAUCGAUCGAAUUCAUAAUCUAAUUCAUUCGAUUGUUAAAAAUGAAUUAAAACAAUUGAUCCAAGAUACUAAUACAACUGAUUUAGAAAUUCAAGCACCGUUACUCUAUCAUUUACAGAAAGAUCUUCUCAUGCAUUCCAUUGAUUUUCUAUUUCAACCAUCUCUGUUAAGUCAACAGUCCGAUGUUGAUUUUUUCUUCAAAGUUGUGAAUUUACUCAUUGAAUUAAUCACAGAUAAAUCAUUGAUACACGCUCGACAAAUUGACCAUGUCGUUCCAAUCCUUUUCCCAACUCCGUUAAUCAAUCUUCUCUUUGAUCUUUUCGUGAUCGUUCCAACACAUCAAUCGAAAUUAUUCAUCAUUAAUGUUUUUACCAGUUUAAUACAAAUCAGUAAGUCAGUCAAAUUGAACAAUCGCAUUGAAAAAUUCUUCUAUCAUUUAUUAAUUGAAUUAUCAUCGAAAUCGGUUUCACUGAGUAGUACUUCGAAGAAAAACUUCGAAAUUGCUUUAGCUGACUUUGUUUACGUCCUGUUAACUGAACAGAAGAAACCCUCGACAACUGGCAGCAAACAGAUUCAAGAAUUCCAAUCCAAACUACCCGAACACAUCCAAAAUUUGUUCAUCAGCGUCAAUGCUAUUCACACAUGGACGAAUCCGACGAAAGAAAGUUCGUUACCCGAAGAAUUUCUCAAGCAAACUAAGAAGUUCUUAGUUGACAAGUACAAAAUUACUCAGGAAGACUUUGGAAAAUCCAACCAACAUUUUAACCAUCUUUCCGAUCAAGAUUUGAUCAAUUUCAUGAACAAUAGUUCGCAAUUAAAUGAUUCGAUAACAAGUUUUCUCGACAGUCUCCCAAGCGAAUCGGAGCCGAACGCCGCAUUCUAUAGCAAUUACCCACAUUUAUUAAACAUUCCAGCUGAUGCGAUUCAGAUCCGUGCAAAAUUCAUUUAUGUCCUGAACAAAUUUGUUGAAGAUAGUCUCUCCUUGGUUGAUUUCAACCUCCCACAAGGACGCAGUUAUCUCACCGAUCAAAUUCGUCAAAUAAAGAAUUAUCUCUUAACAUCGACAAAAAUGUCGUGUUUCAGGGAAUCGCUACAAAAAACCGAAGGUGCCUAUACCAAUGAUUAUCAAAAUGUCCAUUUCGAUACAGUCAAAGCCAGUACAGAUACUGACAAGAGUGAAAACACGAUGUUUUACCAAGCUUAUCAACAACUGUAUGCGAACGCACAUGUAAUCUUUCGACGUGGAAAUGAACAACUAUGGCAAGCACAAUACACCGGAAUGCAUAGCACAGAUUCCGGUGGACCUUAUCGUGACUCGAUUACGAGAAUUUGUAUGGAUAUAUGUUCGACGAGAUUACCAUUGUUUAUUUUAUGUCCAAACGGACGAACAAAUAGUGGCUUGAAUCGUGAUUGUUGGAUUCCGCAUUCGUUUCCACCGAAUAAGCCUAUCUCGAAGAAAAUUGUCCAACAGUAUCGAUUUGUUGGACAGUUGAUGGGUUUAGCUAUGCGGAAAAAACAUUACUUAGAUAUCAAAUUUGCUCAUCUUGUAUGGAAGCAGCUUUUAAAAGAAGAAAUUACCGUUGAAGAUAUCGAAGCAAUAGAUAUUCAAAGCUUUCGAAUUAUUAAUGAAAUGGAGAAGAAUAUUGAAACGAUGAGAUUAACUGAAACAGAUAAUGACAUGGGAUCGAUGUUUAGCAGCAUUAUGAGCGAAUUACGUUUUGAUGUUGUCAGUUCCUCAGGUUUAACUUAUGAAUUAGUACCAAGUGGAUCGGAACUUCCAAUAACAGCAUCCAAUUUCAAACAAUACUGUUCUUUGUAUCGACAAUAUCGUUUGAACGAGUUUAAUCGACAGAUCAAUUUCAUUCGCGAAGGAAUUUUUAGUAUCGUUCCAUCGUAUUACUUAAAUUUGUUUACAGCAAAUGAACUGGAAGAAACUGUCUGUGGUAAAGGCCAAAUUGAUGUUGAAUUAUUAAAGCGCAACACUACAUAUAGUUAUGAGUAUAAUCCAGAUUGCGAGACAAUCCAAUUGUUCUGGACAGUUCUUAGUGAUAUGUUUACCGAUGAACAGAGGAAAUUGUUUUUGAUAUUCGUUUGGGGUCGAAAUACAUUACCAACUCGAGAUGAAGAUUUUCAAUGUAAAUUUACUAUUUCGAAAUUAGAUAUUUACGGAGAUGCCAGUCCUGAUAAAACACUUCCACGUUCUCAUACAUGCUUUUUUACAAUUGAUCUACCGACUUACUCAACCAAAGAAAUCAUGUACGAACGAUUGAAUUAUGCGAUCACAUGCUGCUCAAGUAUUGAUGGUGAUGGUACAAUAAAUGAUGCGCCUAAUGCGGACGAGCUCAUUUUCGAGGAUAUUUUUGAUUGA